UGCCGUUAUUGCAGGCAGAGAAGAAGAAGAGCGGCGCCGGAAGGACAGAGGCUGACAGAAGGACGGAUCUGCGCCGUGCAGGGACUGUGCUGGGCUAGCUUAGGAAAGAUGCUGACCAAUAUCUCUAACGUGUUGAGAGCUUGCGCUCAGAGGAAUGGAGCUGCGGCUGUGGUGUCAGCACGCACAUAUGCUGACUUCACAAACGAGGCUACUUUUGAAAUUAAGAAAUGUGACACCUUCAAGCUGGAUGAGGGCCCAGCCACUCAGGUGGUUAUGACUCGUGAUGAGGGUCUGCAGUACUACCGUACCAUGCAGACCAUGAGGCGUAUGGAGCUGAAGGCAGAUCAGCUGUACAAGCAGAAGAUCAUCAGAGGAUUCUGCCACUUGUAUGAUGGCCAGGAAGCUUGUGCUGUUGGUAUUGAAGCUGCAAUCAACCUGUCAGACCACCUGAUCACUGCAUAUCGUGCUCAUGGCUAUACUUACACCAGAGGAGGGACUGUGAAGAAAAUCAUGGCUGAGCUUACUGGCAGAAGAGGAGGCAUUGCAAAGGGAAAAGGAGGCUCUAUGCACAUGUACUGUAAGCAUUUCUACGGAGGAAAUGGAAUCGUCGGAGCUCAGGUUCCUCUGGGAGCAGGUGUGGCGCUGGCCUGCAAGUAUCAGGGCAACAGUGAGCUGUGCGUCUGUCUCUAUGGUGAUGGUGCUGCCAACCAGGGUCAGAUUUUUGAAACCUACAAUAUGGCUGCUCUUUGGAAGUUGCCCGUCAUCUUCAUCUGUGAGAACAACGGGUAUGGCAUGGGCACAUCCGUGGAGCGAGCUGCUGCCAGCACGGACUACUUCAAGAGAGGAGAGUUCAUUCCUGGUGUCAGGGUGGAUGGAAUGGAUGUUCUGUGUGUUCGGGAAGCUAGCAGGUUUGCAGCAGAUUACUGCAGAUCUGGAAAAGGUCCUAUUCUCAUGGAACUGCAGACCUACCGCUAUCAUGGACACAGCAUGAGCGAUCCUGGAGUCAGCUACCGUACACGUGAGGAGAUCCAGGAGGUCCGCAGCAAGAGUGACCCCAUCUCCAUGCUGAAGGACCGCAUGCUCAGCAACAACAUGGCCAGCGUGGAGGAGCUCAAGGAAAUUGAUGUUGAGGUGAGAAAGGAAAUUGAAGAUGCUGCUCAGUUUGCCACCACAGAUCCCGAACCCCCACUGGAAGACCUGUGCAACCACAUCUUUCACAACAACCCUCCGUUGGAGGUGCGCGGCACAAACCCCUGGUCCAAGCUGAAGUCUGUUAGCUGAAUUUUUUGAUCCCUUUCUUUAAUCAGCUCAUCCACCCUAAAACAUAUUCAAUCGUCUUUCUUUCACUCUAAUGCGCACACAUCAUACAAUGUACCAUAAACUAGUGCCUCAAUCCCAGAGCUUUAGGCAUCAGCAAGGAAUUUCAUUUCAGUACUGUACAUGUAAACCACAGGGGCCAUAUUCACAAAGAGUUGACAAAAACCUACUGCCAUAAUGAUUUGUCAGUUUGUUACGGUGCUAAUUAUCACAGUACAACACAAAGCCUUACACAGAGAGAUGUAGAAACAGCAGUAAGUUGGAUAAUUAUCUAAUGUGAAGUACAUUUCUUUGUCACUGUUACCGCAGUCUCAUGAAAUUCUGUCCUACAUUUAUUUAUAUUUUUUGAAAGAAUAUUUAACUAAGAGCCAAUUAUCCUCAUUUUAGAGCUUUCAUUAUCUGUUCAGUGUUUAAAAUCACCAUUCCCUGUCGAUCAUUUAAAGUGUUCAUCUCAAGUUCACCAAAAGUUACAAAUUAAUACCCGUGAAGCGCAAUAAAUUUCCUAAGCUACUGUAUUUAAAGUAUAUUGUGUCCUAAUAUUAAGCACUUCCUAUUUUUUGAGAAUGUUUUUUUUUUCUAAUCUGGCCCUGUGUGAACAUAAGUUGUACACUGUACUGGCUUGCUUGAUGUUUUUCUCGGGUCAUUAUUGAGGUCACAGUGCAAUACGAAAAACGCCAUCUGUCACUGUUCAACUCAAAAACAGACUGUCUGACCUGUAAAAUAUAACUUUGUACUCUUUAUAAAUAAGUGUACAUGAUAAAUAAUUCAAGUUAAUCAGUUCUUGUCUUUUUUUUUUUUAAUUUAACCUCUUGUUACUAAGACACCAUACAAGGCAGCAUGGUAGAGAAUCAUACGAUCUCUGAAUAUACUGUAUGUAACAGAGAGCAAAGAAUACCAAGAGAAAGUUUUGAAAUGUUUUAAAAUCUAUCUCGCUGAACCAAACAUGUGCCUGGCAGAUCUGGUGGUGUUUGGAAGAUGAAUGUGUCGUCUUACGUUUGUGUCACACUCCAACCUGAGCAAGUGUGUUUGCAUUCAUGUGGUUGCUUUGCAGAAACUCUGGUGUGGUUGUUUGAGUUUAAAGAGCAGCGCAUCCACAUGUAUUUGGAGAAGCUCUUAUUAAAUUGUUGGUAUACGUAACUAAGGGUAUUUAUAAUCCUCGAUAUUUGCAAUCAAGAUUCCCACAAGCUGAAGAGUUGCCUGCAGCAGCAGUGGAUGUAAACAUACCAACUUUUAGCCAUUUUAGUGCUUUCAUCCUCUAAGCUUCACUGCAUGUUUUAAUUUCCUAAUCUAAGAGAGAUGUCGGGUUCAGUAUUAUUGGUUGAGUGCAUCAGUAGCUUUAUGUGCCACUUGUAUGUUUCACUAAGAAGGGUAAUUGUAAUAAUAGUGGCACAUUAAAAGCUCACAUGCAGAGGAUACAUGGACAUUUUGAAUUUAAGUCUGCCUUUAUACAGUACUGUGGAGGAAGAAAUAUCUGCAAGUGACACCUCAGGUAGCAAAAUGAAAAAGCUGCAUAUUAACAUGCAAUGCUAGCAGGAAGCUACAAUGUUGAUUUGUAGCUAUUAUGAACAUUGUAAUAAUGCUUGCAACCCUGUAGAGGUGUACCGGGGGGUCAAGCCUUUUCUCUCUGUAAUGUGAGAUGUAUCUAGUUAAAUCACAGGCUAAAAUUGAAAAUGUCAGUAAUGUGUUACAUCUGAGAAUGGCUGCAAUGUGAGAAUUUGUGGUAGUGAACUGUUACAUUUAGGGUGGCAGAUGAAGCAAGCAAAUAUGCUCCAUGGAAACAUUGUUUUUAUGUGUGAGCCGCUGUAAUAAAAAGACUGUAAGGUA